AUGGGCAGCAAGUUUCCUGUGACCUUGUUGGACAAGAUCAAACAAUAUGCGACUCAUGCUCAGACGCCCGUAUCUUUGAAGCAAAUGGUCGAGUUUGGCCGAGUCCCGUCACAAGCUACAUUGUUAUCAGCAACCCGAUUUGCACAUCAUGAACUGCCUAUUCGCCUGGCUUACAGAGUAGUCGAGCUGGAAUCCCUUCCACAUUCCUUAUCAGAAAUGCCUUCGGUCAUCAAAGUAAAGGACUGGUACACACAGUCGUUUAACGAGCUCAUUGAAUUCCCAAAGCCGGAAGACUAUGGUGUACCUAGAAGUGCCAUAGUCCAAAAGACAGGUCCAGUCAAGUACUAUAAUGAUGCCGUCAAUCAACCACCAUCGCCUCCACCCCCCGAACUAGUCGCAUACAAUAAUGAAUUCUCAAAAACGUUGGAAAAUAUUAAAAGGCGGCAUGAUCCCGUCGUCACCACGCUGGCUCAAGGCAUACAGGAAGUCAAGGACCAUUGGAACAGACAGUCGUCACCGCUGACAAGCGAUGUAACAGGUGUACCUCUGCCGUCUGCUGUACAACAAUUUUUGGAUCGAUUCUAUCUUUCUCGUAUUGGCAUACGGAUGUUGAUUGGCCAGCAUGUCUCACUGGCGAAAUCUGCCAUUGACCCAAGAUCUACUCCACCCGAUCAUGUCGGGAUCAUUUGUACAAAGACAAACUUACGUAAAGUAGCGCAGGAAGCUGCUGACAAUGCACGAUUCAUAUGUCAAGAAUAUUAUGGACUUUGGGGUGGUCCAGAAAUCAAGCUGUUGAGCUCGGAAGAUAUAGAAUUCAUGUAUGUACCAUCGCAUCUACAUCAUAUGCUAUUUGAGCUCUUGAAGAAUUCAUUGAGAGCCGUGGUGGAACGUUUUGGAGAAGAUGCCGACAGCUACCCGGAAAUACGAGUAGUCGUGGCUGCUGGCAAAGAAGACAUUACCAUUAAAGUCAGCGAUGAAGGAGGUGGAAUUCCCAGGAGGGGUAUGCCAUUAAUAUGGACUUAUCUGUACACGACGGCGUCUACUCCCAUGCUGGAAGAAGGGUACAACAAAUCAGAUUUCAAGGCUCCUCUAGCAGGGUUUGGAUAUGGAUUGCCACUGUCGCGUCUCUAUGCACGAUACUUUGGAGGCGAUUUGAGGCUGAUUUCCAUGGAAGGGUACGGAACAGAUGCAUACUUACACCUGUCUCGACUAUCAGACAGCGAGGAGCCUUUACAAUAA